CAUGGCGCAGAUAAACAAUCUGCGGACACGUAACUAGACGAAAAAGUAGCGGUAUUUGAAAGUAUUGAGGAAGAAUUUGGGAAACACUGACAUUGCUGGACUAAGAUAAUACAUGACUUAAUUUGAUGGCACGUGUAAUCUGCUUAUUGAGUAAUCCAAUACGGUCAAUCUUAUCACAAAAAUGCAUUGUGCAAUGUAGGCCUACUACUGUACUUUGCUCCCGAUAGAGAAGGCUGUUUGACAGGACGGUGUAAUUUUAGCUCGGCGUCGCAUUUUGGUCUAAUACAUAAUUAAUUAAGUCAGAAACUAGCAAUGGCGAAGAAAAUAGCAAUCAUCGGCGCGGGAGCGAGCGGUCUGACUGCAAUUAAGUGCUGUUUGGACGAGGGACUGUCGCCUACGUGCUUUGAGCGUUCUGAUGACCUUGGUGGCUUAUGGAACUACAGGCCAGAGGAGAGAGCUGAUGGAGAUGCAACUGUGAUGAAGUCCACCAUUAUCAACACCAGCAAAGAAAUGAUGUGCUACAGUGAUUUCCCCAUUCCAAAAGAAUACCCCAAUUUCAUGCACAACACAUUCAUCAUGAAAUACUUCCAUCUGUACGUCGAGAAGUUUGAUCUGAGAAAACACAUCAAAUUCCGCCAUGAAAUCGUUCACAUUUCUCAGUCGUCCGACCAUAAGGUAACUGGACGAUGGUCAGUGAAGGUGAAGGAUUUGGUUGAGGAUCAAGAGUGGACUGAGGAUUUUGAUGGAGUUAUUAUCUGCACUGGACACCAUGCAAAGAAACAUGAACCGAGUUUUCCAGGACAGGAGAAGUUCCGGGGUAAAAUCAUUCAUACUCAUGACUACAGAGACCAUAAGGGCUACGAAGAUAAGCGCGUUGUGGUGAUUGGUGUAGGGAAUUCUGGGAAUGAUGUCGCAACUGAGCUGGGACGAAUAAGUAAACAGGUGUACCUGUCCACGCGGCGCGGCAUGUGGGUGUUGAACAGAGUAGACCAGUACGGACUGCCGAUAGACAUUGUCUCCAUCAGACGGAUUCUCAACUGGUUUAUUAAGAUAAUGCCUUUCAAUUUAAUGUGUUCCAUUGGAGAGCAAAGGGUGAAUUCUCGCUUCGAUCACGCACGAUAUGGCAUCCAACCAGAGCACAGAAUCUUCAGCCAGCAUCCCACCGUCAACGACGACCUACCAAACCGUAUAUUGAGUGGAGGAAUCAUCAUCAAACCCAAUGUGAAACAAUUCACUGAGACGGGAGUGGAAUUUGAAGACGGAACAUUCGAGGACAAUAUAGAUGUAGUUUUUCUUGCGACUGGGUACAUCUUUGGCUUCCCAUUUCUGGACGAAGGCGUUAUCAAGGUGAAAGACAAUGUGGUGGAUUUAUACAAGUACGUGUGGCCACCAAACAGUCCAAAGUCCUCCCUGGCUGUACUGGGGUGCAUCCAACCCCUGGGGGCCAUCUUUCCAAUUUCUGAGCUCCAGUGCCGCUGGGUCACCAGAGUGUUCAAGGGUCUGGCGAAGCUCCCCAGUAAAGAUGAAAUGUAUGCAGACAUCCAGAGAAAGCGAGAGGCGAUGGCCAAGCGGUACGUAAAGAGCCAGCGUCACACCAUUCAGGUGGAUUAUAUAAACUACAUGGAUGAACUGGCAGAACAAGUGGGGUGCAAACCAGAUAUAGUGAAACUUUUCUGCUCUGAUCCUAGUUUGGCAAUAGAGGUCGCCACUGGACCAUGCACGCCCUACCAGUACCGCCUGAUGGGCCCUGGAAAGUGGGACGGGGCGCGGAACGCCAUCAGGACCACCAUGGACCGUGUUUACUACCCACUAGGCACACGCAAGGUGGAGGGUCAGAAGAAAACUGGUCAUGGCUUGCUGAAAAUGUUGAUUUUUGUCAUUGUGAUUGUUGCUGUGCUGUUUAAAUUUUUCUUUUAAGGGAGGGGAAGUGGAAUUGUCUUACUUCAGACUGUAUUCAUUCAUUGAUCAAUGUGUGUGAGGUCAUCACAAUGUUAUUUUUAAAAAAAACUCAGCAAGGGCAAAAUAAUGACGUUUAAACCAUUAACCUUCAAUACAUAGCAUUGAUUUUUUUUCCAGUUGAAGAAUAUUCAUGGCAAAUUUACUGCAAAACAUUUAACCAUUAUUUUUAAUAUUUUUAAGUGUAUCAUGUAUCAGUUCAUUAUUACAUUUCAUCAAAUAUUUUAUUUAUGUAUUUAUUGAUUUACAUGUAAACCUUGCAAGUGUUUUUUUGUUGGAUGUUUUUAAUACAAUAACAUCAGUUGUAUAUUGUGUAUCAGUUGUGUAUUUUUUCCAGCAAUAGAGAUUCUAAUCAUAAAAAUGAAUGAUUAUCUGGUGUGUCAUUUUCCCAUUAUUUAUAUCACAGUAUCAUAAAGGCAAGUAAUCCUUGACUGAUGGUUUGUGCUAGUAUUCCACGAUGUAAAUUAAAUCGAAGUUUAUAAUCUGUUACAUGGACUGCCAUAGUACUUAGCUUAAGUAUUUCACAUUAUUAUUUUGUAUUUGUAUAAUGAACAGUAUUUAUAUCAAGAAAGUAUAUCAUUGCCUAUUACAUCUGGUGCAUAAG